AUGUUACUCAUCAAAAGGGAUAGUGAUCAAGGCAGUGGCCCUAUACCCAUCGCAUUUCUCGCGGGGAGUCCGCGUCACACCCUGUCACCAUCUGAACUCGAAUCAACGUUAGCCUACCUGCGCGAGGCCGACCCCGAUCAUCUUUACUCUUUCCUGGAUAUUUGUGUACGUAAUGCAGUAUCUCCAGGCGGUGUGCGGCAAUCUACCCAUUUGGUCAAUUUGAUCCGUGCAUUAACCUCCCGAGAAGACUCUUUCAAUCUGAAGGAUAUAUGCACUGUACCAACCAUAAACGCAGUCACCGAGUUCAUCAAACGGUGCCCUAAUAUCCCGAGUGAUGUUAAGGAACAACUUUCCGGUUUGGAUAAACAUUGGAUUACUUCCAUACGCUAA